AUGUGUGGAAUAAAUCUCUGCAAAAAAAAAGCAAAUAUUCUUAUUUGGGAAGAAAAUAUACAAGGCAUUAAAAAGUUGUCACUAUGGGAGGCUGCUUUAAAAACACCGGACCUAACCAUUUUCUCAAUGUUACUGAACAUGGUGCAAGAAAUUGAGUGUGAGGAGAUUCUUCAAGAACCAACAUGUUUUGUAAAUCAUCUGUCAACUUAAAAAAGAAAAAUUUAAAGAAUACAUUUAUGAAGACCUGCAACCAUUUCUUUGGGUAAAACAACCAUUUCAACCGCUGAAGGAAAGUAAUUCAUUGAGUUUGGCAGAAAAAGAACAGCUUAUUGAUCUCCAAUGCAGUGACUUUUUGAAAGCUACAUUUGAACAAGACAACUCAUUAACAAGAUUCUGGGUAAGUGUAAUAGAAGAGUGCCCAAUAUUGUUUGAAAAAUCCAUGAGAAUACUAGUCCCAUUUGCAACUACGUAUUUAUGUGAAAUAAGAUUUUCUGCCCUAGUAUCAAUGAAAUCUAAGUACCAUGGAAGACUAGAAGUCAGCAAAGAAUUGACAGUAGCUUUAUCAAAUAUCUCUCCUCGUUUCACCAAACUUUGUGAUGAAAAAAAACAUUACCCACCCAUCACAUUAAAAGUAGCCUGUUGA